GGGCAGACGGCCGCCAUCUUCUCGCCGAGGCCGCCUCGCCCGCCGCGCGCGCCCGUCCGGCAGCGCACGGGUUAAGGCUGGCACCGCGCCCGGCGGGAGGGGGGGCGCCCACCUCCCCUCCUCCCCGCGCCGGGCAUGCGGGGCCCACUGGGCACCGAGGAGGAGCUGCCGCGGCUGUUCGCUGAGGAGAUGGAGAACGAGGACGAGAUGUCAGAAGAAGAAGAUGGUGGUCUUGAAGCUUUCGAUGACUUUUUCCCUGUGGAGCCCGUGAGCCUUCCUAAGAAGAAGAAACCCAAGAAGCUCAAGGAAAACAAGUGCAAAGGGAAGCGGAAGAAGAAAGAGGGGAGCAAUGAUGAGCUAUCAGAGAAUGAAGAUGAUCUGGAAGAGAAGUCGGAGAGUGAAGGCAGUGACUACUCCCCGAAUAAAAAGAAGAAGAAGAAACUUAAGGACAAGAAGGAGAAGAAAGCCAAGCGAAAAAAGAAGGAUGAGGAUGAGGAUGAAAAUGAUGAUGGAUGCUUAAAGGAGCCCAAGUCCUCAGGGCAGCUCAUGGCCGAGUGGGGCCUGGACGAUGUGGACUACCUGUUCUCGGAGGAGGACUACCACACGCUGACCAACUACAAGGCCUUCAGCCAGUUCCUCAGGCCACUCAUCGCCAAGAAGAACCCGAAGAUCCCCAUGUCCAAAAUGAUGACUGUCCUGGGUGCCAAGUGGCGGGAGUUCAGCGCCAACAACCCCUUCAAGGGCAGCUCGGCGGCAGCAGCGGCGGCGGCAGUGGCUGCGGCUGUAGAAACUGUCACCAUCUCCCCUCCGCUAGCCGUCAGCCCCCUGCAGGCGCCCCAGCCUGUGCCUAUCCGCAAGGCCAAGACCAAGGAGGGCAAGGGGCCUGGAGUGAGGAAGAAGAUCAAAGGUUCCAAAGAUGGGAAGAAAAAAGGCAAAGGGAAAAAGAUGGCCGGGCUCAAGUUCCGCUUUGGAGGGAUCAGCAACAAGAGGAAGAAAGGCUCCUCGAGUGAAGAAGACGAGAGGGAGGAGUCAGACUUCGACAGUGCCAGCAUCCACAGUGCCUCCGUGCGCUCCGAGUGCUCUGCAGCCCUGGGCAAGAAGAGCAAGAGGAGGCGCAAGAAGAAGAGGAUUGAUGAUGGUGACGGCUAUGAGACGGACCACCAGGAUUACUGUGAGGUGUGCCAGCAGGGUGGGGAGAUCAUCCUGUGCGACACCUGCCCACGGGCCUACCAUCUCGUGUGCCUGGACCCAGAGCUGGAGAAGGCUCCCGAGGGGAAAUGGAGCUGCCCCCACUGUGAGAAGGAGGGGAUCCAGUGGGAGCCGAAGGACGACGACGACGAAGAGGAGGAGGGCGGCUGCGAGGAGGAGGAGGACGACCACAUGGAGUUCUGCCGCGUGUGCAAGGACGGGGGCGAGCUGCUCUGCUGCGACGCCUGCCCCUCCUCCUACCACCUGCACUGCCUCAACCCGCCGCUGCCCGAGAUCCCAAACGGUGAAUGGCUCUGCCCGCGCUGUACUUGCCCCCCACUGAAGGGCAAGGUCCAGCGGAUUCUACACUGGAGAUGGACGGAGCCCCCUGCCCCCUUCAUGGUUGGGCUGCCGGGGCCUGACGUGGAGCCCAGCCUCCCUCCACCCAAGCCGCUGGAGGGAAUCCCCGAGAGAGAAUUCUUUGUCAAGUGGGCAGGGCUGUCCUACUGGCACUGCUCCUGGGUGAAGGAGCUACAGCUGGAGCUGUACCACACGGUCAUGUAUCGCAACUACCAAAGAAAGAAUGACAUGGACGAGCCGCCGCCCUUUGACUACGGCUCUGGGGAUGAGGACGGCAAGAGCGAGAAGAGGAAGAACAAGGACCCCCUCUAUGCCAAGAUGGAGGAGCGCUUCUACCGCUAUGGCAUCAAGGCAGAGUGGAUGAUGAUUCACCGAGUCCUGAACCAUAGCUUUGACAAAAAGGGGGAUGUGCACUACCUGAUCAAGUGGAAAGACCUGCCCUACGACCAGUGCACCUGGGAGAUCGAUGACAUCGACAUACCCUACUACGACAACCUCAAGCAGGCUUACUGGGGCCACAGGGAGCUGAUGCUGGGAGAAGACAGCAGGCUGCCCAAGAGGCUGCUCAAGAAGGGCAAGAAGCUGAGGGAUGACAAGCAGGAGAAGCCUCCGGACACGCCCAUUGUUGAUCCCACGGUCAAGUUCGACAAGCAGCCGUGGUACAUCGACUCCACGGGCGGCACGCUGCACCCGUACCAGCUGGAGGGCCUCAACUGGCUGCGCUUCUCCUGGGCCCAGGGCACUGACACCAUCCUGGCCGAUGAGAUGGGUUUGGGCAAGACGGUGCAGACCAUCGUGUUCCUCUACUCCCUGUACAAGGAGGGCCAUUCCAAGGGGCCCUACCUGGUGAGUGCGCCCCUCUCCACCAUCAUCAACUGGGAACGCGAGUUUGAGAUGUGGGCGCCCGACUUCUACGUGGUCACCUACACGGGGGACAAGGAAAGCCGCUCUGUGAUCCGGGAGAACGAAUUUUCCUUUGAGGACAAUGCCAUUCGGAGUGGGAAGAAGGUGUUCCGCAUGAAGAAAGAAGUGCAGAUCAAAUUCCAUGUGCUGCUCACCUCCUACGAGCUCAUCACCAUCGACCAGGCCAUCCUGGGUUCCAUCGAGUGGGCCUGCCUGGUGGUGGAUGAGGCCCACCGCCUCAAGAAUAACCAAUCCAAGUUUUUUAGGGUCUUAAACAGCUACAAGAUUGAUUACAAGCUGCUGCUGACAGGGACACCCCUUCAGAACAACCUGGAGGAGCUGUUCCAUCUCCUCAACUUCCUGACUCCAGAGAGGUUCAACAACCUGGAGGGCUUCCUGGAGGAGUUUGCUGACAUCUCCAAGGAAGACCAGAUCAAGAAGCUGCAUGACCUGCUGGGGCCGCACAUGCUCAGGCGGCUGAAGGCUGACGUGUUCAAGAACAUGCCGGCCAAGACUGAGCUCAUUGUCCGCGUGGAGCUGAGCCAGAUGCAGAAGAAGUACUACAAGUUCAUCCUCACGCGGAACUUCGAGGCGCUGAACUCCAAGGGAGGCGGGAACCAAGUGUCGCUGCUCAACAUCAUGAUGGACCUGAAGAAGUGCUGCAACCACCCCUACCUCUUUCCUGUGGCCGCCGUGGAGGCCCCCGUCUUGCCCAAUGGCUCCUACGAUGGAAGCUCCCUAGUCAAGUCUUCAGGGAAGCUCAUGCUGCUGCAGAAGAUGCUGAAGAAGCUGCGGGACGAGGGGCACCGCGUGCUCAUCUUCUCUCAGAUGACCAAGAUGUUGGACCUGCUGGAGGACUUCCUGGAGUACGAAGGCUACAAGUAUGAGCGGAUUGACGGCGGCAUCACUGGGGGCCUCCGACAGGAGGCGAUCGACAGAUUCAAUGCCCCUGGGGCCCAGCAGUUCUGCUUCCUCCUCUCAACCCGGGCAGGUGGCCUGGGUAUCAACCUGGCCACGGCGGACACUGUCAUCAUCUACGACUCGGACUGGAACCCGCACAAUGACAUUCAGGCCUUCAGCCGUGCCCACCGCAUCGGGCAGAACAAGAAGGUGAUGAUCUACCGCUUCGUGACUCGGGCCUCAGUGGAGGAGCGCAUCACGCAGGUAGCCAAGCGCAAGAUGAUGCUCACCCACCUAGUGGUGCGGCCUGGUCUCGGCUCCAAGUCAGGCUCCAUGACUAAGCAGGAGUUGGACGACAUCCUCAAGUUCGGCACGGAGGAGCUCUUCAAGGACGACGUGGAGGGCAUGAUGUCUCAGGGCCAGAGGCCGGUCACGCCCAUCCCUGAUGUCCAGUCCUCCAAAGGGGGAAACUUGGCUGCCAGUGCAAAGAAGAAGCACGGUAGCACCCCGCCAGGUGACAACAAGGAUGUGGAGGACAGCAGUGUGAUCCACUAUGACGAUGCGGCCAUCUCCAAGCUGCUGGACCGGAACCAGGACGCCACAGACGACACGGAACUACAGAACAUGAACGAGUACCUGAGCUCUUUCAAGGUGGCGCAGUACGUGGUGCGCGAGGAGGACGGCGUGGAGGAGGUGGAGCGGGAAAUCAUCAAGCAGGAGGAGAAUGUGGACCCCGACUACUGGGAGAAGCUGCUGCGGCACCACUACGAGCAGCAGCAGGAGGACCUGGCCCGCAACCUGGGCAAGGGCAAGCGCAUCCGCAAGCAGGUCAACUACAACGACGCCUCCCAAGAGGACCAGGAGUGGCAGGAUGAGCUCUCCGAUAACCAGUCAGAAUAUUCCAUUGGCUCCGAGGAUGAGGAUGAGGACUUCGAAGAGAGGCCAGAAGGGCAGAGUGGACGACGACAAUCCCGGAGGCAGCUGAAGAGCGACAGGGACAAGCCCCUGCCACCUCUUCUUGCCCGAGUUGGUGGCAACAUCGAGGUGCUGGGCUUCAAUGCCCGACAGCGGAAGGCCUUUCUGAACGCCAUCAUGCGCUGGGGCAUGCCCCCGCAGGACGCCUUCAACUCCCACUGGCUGGUGCGGGACCUUCGAGGGAAGAGCGAGAAGGAGUUUAGAGCCUAUGUGUCCCUCUUCAUGCGGCACCUGUGUGAGCCGGGGGCGGAUGGCGCAGAGACCUUCGCGGAUGGCGUGCCCCGGGAGGGCCUCUCCAGGCAGCACGUGCUGACCCGCAUUGGGGUCAUGUCACUAGUUAGGAAGAAGGUUCAAGAGUUUGAGCAUGUCAACGGGAAAUACAGCACCCCAGACUUGAUCCCCGAGGGGCCCGAGGGCAAGAAGCCGGGCGAGGUGAUCUCCUCAGACCCCAACACGCCAGUGCCCGCCAGCCCUGCCCACCUCCCGCCAGCCCCGCUGGGCCUGACAGACAAAAUGGAAGCCCAGCUGGGCUACAUGGAUGAGAAGGACCCGGGGCUGCAGAAGCCAAAGAAACCCCUGGAGGUCCAGGCCCUGCCAGCUGCCUUGGACAGAGUGGAGGGCGAGGGCAUGCACGAGAGCCCAGCCAGCAAGGAGAGAGCCCGCGAGGAGCGGCCAGAGGAGAAGGAGAAGGCCCCGCCCUCCCCAGAACAGCUGCCUAGAGAGGAGGUGCUUCCUGAGAAGGAGAAGAUCCUGGACAAGCUGGAGCUGAGCUUAAUCCACAGCAGAAGGGAUGGUGCUGACCUCAGGCCAGCAGAUGACAAUAAGGCUGAGGAGAAGGAGCCCAUUGAAACACAGCAAAAUGGUGACAAAGAGGAAGAGGACGAGGGGAAGAAGGAGGACAAGAAGGGGAAAUUCAAGUUCAUGUUCAACAUUGCGGAUGGGGGCUUCACAGAGUUACACACGCUGUGGCAGAAUGAGGAGCGGGCUGCAGUGUCCUCGGGGAAAAUCUACGACAUCUGGCACCGGCGCCACGACUACUGGCUGCUGGCGGGCAUUGUGACGCACGGCUACGCUCGCUGGCAGGACAUCCAGAAUGACCCGAGGUACAUGAUCCUCAACGAGCCCUUCAAGUCUGAGAUUCACAAGGGCAACUACCUGGAGAUGAAGAACAAGUUCCUGGCCCGCAGGUUCAAGCUGCUGGAGCAGGCGCUGGUCAUUGAGGAACAGCUCCGGAGGGCUGCCUACCUGAACAUGACCCAGGACCCCAACCACCCCGCCAUGGCCCUCAAUGCCCGCCUGGCUGAAGUAGAGUGCCUUGCCGAGAGCCACCAGCACCUGUCCAAGGAGUCCCUUGCUGGGAACAAGCCUGCCAAUGCCGUCCUGCACAAGGUCCUGAACCAGCUGGAGGAGCUGCUGAGUGACAUGAAGGCUGAUGUGACCCGGCUGCCAUCCAUGCUGUCCCGAAUCCCCCCUGUGGCAGCCCGCCUACAGAUGUCAGAGCGCAGCAUCCUGAGCCGCCUGACCAACCGUGCCGGGGACCCCACCAUCCAGCAGGGCGCUUUCGGCUCCUCCCAGAUGUACAGCAACAACUUUGGGCCCAACUUCCGGGGCCCUGGACCGGGAGGGAUUGUCAACUACAACCAGAUGCCCCUGGGGCCCUAUGUGACCGAUAUCUAGCCGUCCCCGAGACUUCCCUGUGCCGCAGCGCUCAUUUCCAGCUGAGCCACGCCUGCCGGGUCACCUGCCUGACCCCCAUGGGAGAGAAAAGCUGCCACCUUUUUAGGAGCCAGCACCACCUUGGGACAAAAAGGGAAACCGACUCAUGGCAUCACAUGGAGGACGAGGCCCAGCCCGGCGCGGCCAGAGCCCAGAAGUGCCACGUCAUCAUAAUUCAAGUGUUCUUCCACACAGUGUCGCCCCCACAACCACGCCGGACGUGCUCCCUCGCCACCUUUUCCAGACGACUCUUAGAAGAGAUUUCAUUUAUUUGUACAUCUUUUGCACUUUCCUAUUGAAGACUUGAACACAUUUGUCUUGAUAAAAGUCAGAUGACAUAUGGAAGAUUCGAACCUGCA